GAAAACAUAACCUAUAUUAGUUUAUGAUUUACUAGAAUUAUUUAAUAUAGGAAAAUGAUUCCAAAGGGGAUACAUCCUACGUUAUUGUUAAACGAUAAUAGCAAUUAUAUUUUGUUUAAAACAGCGAUUUAUUUUGCAGAAUUAGGAUUAAAUGUAUGGUUUAUAUCUCCCAAAGUUAUUGAUAAAAUCCCAGAAAAUAUCUCACCUCCAGAUAAAGAAAUUUUACAAUUAAUCAUAUUUAUAUACUUGAAAAACUAUAAAGACCUAAUAAAUCAUUUAAAUGCUAUCCACAUGUGGCACAAGUCUCCUACAGUAAUUAUUUUAGCUGGAUUUGAUAUUUAUACAAAUUUGUACGGAACAAAUUAUGACCCAACAUUAACCGGACUCAUUUCCAGUAUAGUAUUGGACAGUGCAGCAGUUUGUACAAAGAAAAAUAACAAAUCAGUUUAUGUAAUUCUUGCUACUAAAAGUACUCCAGAAGAGUAUAAAAAUAGGAUUAAGGUAUUAUAUGAUUUGUAUUUUCCAAAUUUGAUUCAUGAUGUAACCGAGGAGGCUGUGGUAUUAGAUGCAAUUAUCAAUUAUUACAAAAACAAGUAGUACUUUUAUUAUAAUACGUUUAUUAAUAUACAAAAUACAUUUUAUUUAAAUGAAUAAAAAACAAUUACAUUUUCAUUAUUUUCAAAAUGUUAAGUACGUUUUCCUGGGUUAGGUUAGCAGCAGAAAUUAAGCAACUAAGGAAAAUAAUGAGGAAGGACAAGAUAAGAAAGAAGAUAGUUAUAGGAAAGCUCAUAUAGGAAUUAAAAUAAUGCUUAAACUGGUAUAGACACAUAGAGAACACCAGGCUUAUAAGAAAAAUUAAAGAAGCAAAAA